UACUUUAAAACUCGUUAAAAUUGUCAUCUCACCUUUCCUUAUCACGGCAUUAAUAAAAGUCUGUUCGCAUAGGCAGUUAGUGGUUUGUAUUAUUAAAAUUAUGUUUCGUGUUGUGUUUUUCCUUCACUUCAUCUUCUUUGCAAAAGCCCAAUGGGAAUAUGAAUCGAUCAACGACGAUCUAUGUAAAACACCUCAUCACCAAGAUGGAAAAUGUAUUCUAAUUUAUUCAUGCAAACCAAUAAUGGAUUUACUAGACCAAGUACCUCAACCGUUACCACUAGAAAUUUCAAAUUAUUUAAAAUCAUAUCAUUGCGGUUUUGAUGGUAAUACACCGAAAGUGUGUUGUCCGUCAAAACCUAUCUAUUUCAACAACGAAGACGAAUCAAUAUUUUCUGAUGUUUCUAAACACAGAAACACUAAUCUGUUACCCAGAAAUUGUGGACAAUUUAACUCUCUAGAUAAAAUUGUCAACGGUAACAAGACUGAUCUUUUGGAGUUUCCUUGGAUGGCUCUGCUAUCUUACCAAACGAGAUAUGGUCCUCAGUUUAAGUGUGGCGGCACAAUUAUCAACUCUAGGUAUAUUUUAACAGCAGCACAUUGUGUGACAAACCUCAACAUGCCAUUAUUGGGUGUUCGAGUUGGUGAACACGACAUAAGAACCGUUACCGAUUGUGAAAUCAAUAAACACAAUGAAAGAUUUUGCGCACCUCCUUUUCAAGAUUUGCAAAUAGAGAAAAUAAUACCACAUCCACAAUUCAACAAAAAAUUUUUGACCAAUGAUAUUGCUCUUCUUCGAGUGGCUCCGAUUAAACCUUUAGGUGAGAAAUUAAUUCUAGGACUACAAAAUGUUUUAAUUUUAUUAUUUUUAGAAAAUAGUCUUCCUGUUUGUCUUCCGUUGGCAGAAAGUAGAAAUUAUAACUUCACAAACAGAAAUGUUAUUGUGACAGGAUGGGGAAUGACUGAAAAUGGCCGAGCAAGUCCUGAUUUAAAGAAAGUUUCAUUGUCUGUAGUUCCUUUAGAGGAAUGUAAAAGACUGUACAAAACCACGGCUGAUUUGGACAAGCGUCAAUUAUGUGCCGGGGGAAAGAACAAAGAUUCAUGUGGAGGUGAUAGUGGAGGACCUCUCCAAGUCUUGGGAAGAAUACUUGGAGAGACACGGAUAGUGCAGCAAGGCGUUGUAUCAUUUGGACCAAAGAAAUGUGGAAGUAUUUUGCCGGGGGUUUACACGAGAGUGGCUGCGUUUAUGGACUGGAUACUCGAUAAUGUGGAACCGUAAAUAUAUCUACGAAACUAUAUGUUUUAUAAUGUGUUUUAAUAAAAAUAAACAAAUUUUAGUUGU